UGCAUCAAACUGUGGAGCAACCAGCUUUGCCUUUAAAACUGUGUUUGUGCACUUGAGAAGCGUACCGUCCACCUCCUGCUGACAGAUCUGUGCUUCAGUAUGCUGCUGUAUUACAAAACUCAGGUUAUUUCACAAAGAAUGGGACAGAAGAAUCAGAAAACAGAAAGCUCCAGCGGUGCUUCUACUGCAUCCCAGCAGGCUACUGAAGGCCAGGACGAUCUCAUCCGGCCGAAGAAACUGUUCAACCCUGUUUUGGAGUCUUCUAGUCGUAGAGGUUUACAUCGUGAACUGCUAGUCAGCCACAGAUGGGGUCUCCUGCCUGAAGAGAAGCCAGAGCUGAAGCGGGUGCUGGAACAGAGGAGACUGGAGCAGCACAGAGAGAGAGAACAAGCCUCACAUCCGCCAUCUGACCUCGAGCAAGAGCUGCACAAGAGACGCCAGAGACUCCUGGCGUACGAGCAGGAAGAGCUGAGACGCAGAGAGGACCUACAAAACAUGCCAGAGUUUGUUCGAGUGCGGGAAAACCUGAGACACAUCACCGUCACAGGCUACUGAACCAACAGAAGAACUACGAAUACAACAAAACCCAUUUUCUCAAAGAACUGCUUUUUCAGAGGGAAUCAUUAUCAUCAGCAUGAUUCUGUCAUUUUGUGUUGUGCUCUCUCACCGCAACCAAAUCUGAAAUGGCUUUUAAAGUGUGCAAAUGACUUUUUGUAUUACCAUCCAGGGCCCAAAAACUUUUAGAUUAGAGUUC